AUGUCAACACUCUCCGAGCCCCGCCGACCGCGUCUGCUCCCUCAGAACCGCAAGCUGCGUCAUCUGAAGGGCCUGUCGUUUCGAAAUCUAUCCUUUGCUCCCGCGAGUUUGUACACCGCCGACGAUGCCGCGAUACUACGAAGCCCGAAGAAGCUUGGUUUGCUGCGCGAAACUGGCCAGCUGCACUCGUCCCGGUCCUCAGAUAGCUUGCGGAGAGAUAGCCUGCGCGCCGAGAAUAGACGACCGCCUGCUCAGGGUCGUAGGACGAGCUUGAGUCUUGCGCAUGCCAAUCCAUCGACGAGGCAGAAGAAGCUGGAAACGUUGGUGGAGAGCUCUGUUGGCGAUGUAUUCUUCUCGCUGCAUGUGGCCCAGUGUCCGGAACCCGUGUAUAUCAGCGAGGUCCGCAAUCGAUCAGCGAAUUUCAAUUUCCAAUUUUUUGAUCUGUCGCCCGAGCAGUGCCCUGUUUCCAGGUCAUGCGUCAUCACGAUCCGAGUUUGGGCAAAACGAUCUCAACAAGCGUCUUGGGCUUUUCUCCUCGAAGAAUUUGUAGAUCUCAGACGUCUCAAUUUCAUCGGAACACUCAUGGAUCGCCAAUUCCCACCCAAUGCUCUGAUAUUCCACCUCGAAGACGGGCUGUACUCUUUCGACUUCCCGACCAAGACCGCCGAACCCAAGCAUGCUCUCCCCAGCCCAACGUCCUCUUACAACGCGCUCAUGAAACUCGCCAAUCUCGAGAGCUCAAUACAAGACGCCAUCGACACGCAGCACAAAAUCAUGCAGCAAAUCAACCAAAUCCUCGACGAAGCCCCGAGCGAUCCGACCCCCGCUGGCAACGAGGAAGUGAUUCUUGCAGAGAAGUACGUUUCAGCACAGCGACGAACAAAUGGAGCCGCGGAAAAGCGACGAGACGAAUUGUUGGAAUCGCUGCGGACCAGGAGAGAAGCCAUCUCAAAGGGCAGGGAAGCUCAGACCGCAGCGGAACAAGACAUUGCAAACAACAAGGAGAAACUAGCUGUGUCGUUGGAGCUAGUUCUCAAGACGGAGCAGCAAAUACACGGUCAGAGACGACGGAUAUGCUCAGAGCUAUCCGACAUGUUUCCCAUCACCCCGAUUCCAAAUGCGCCGCCAUUGUCGUUUCAAAUCUGCAACCUACCUCUACCAAACUCCACAUAUGACGCUGCCACGGCUAAAGUGAUCAACGAGGAUGUGCUCUCCGCAGCAUUGGGCCUGGUAGCAAUGCUGACACGACAUUUACAAUUCUACCUCUCCUACCCGCUACCAUACCCAUUAUCCGCCUACGGCUCUAGAUCAUACGCCAGGGACGACAUCUCCCACAUUACCGAACGGCAAUCUCAAAGACGCGAAUUCCCGUUAUACUUACCACGGGGAGGCUCAACCAUAGGCCAGUGGCGGUUCGAAUACGGAUGGUUUCUCUUAAACAAGAAUAUCGAGGCACUCUGCGCGUCUCAGGGUCUCAAGGUCGUCGAUAUCCGCCACUCGCUCCCCAACCUGAAGUACCUUCUCUAUGUAUGCAGCGCCGGGACAGACGAGGUUCCAGAACGAAAGAAAGGUGGCGUAAGGGGUCUAUGGGCCGGCAGGUUGAAAAGUCGCAUGAGUGUCGUGGCCGAUGCAGAAAGCAGUAGUAGUGCCGCCGGCAGCAGACGCGGAAGUGUAGAUAGUGAGAUCAUGAACCAGCAUGGCGAGGCGUUACGGACAGCGAUUCAAGCGAAUGGAGAUGAAUGGGGUGCAGACAGCGGUGUCGGGUUGCCAUUUGGGGAUGAUGUGAGAUUUACAUUGAGAACCAAGGGGUUGAGGGAGAAUAUUGCAAAGUAA